GUUCACUCCAGCAAACCAGCGGCUGCUUAUAUUUUUUUGUUGUUGCUUUCUACCGAAAAGUUGUCAGACGACAGCUCAACGUUGUGAGAAGCAGUGCUGGAGAGCAGUACUGCCGAAGGUAGCGGCACUGAAUGCCAGCCCCCUCAUUCAGGCCGAGCCCCUGACCUGACCUUCCAAUCCUAGGUCCUGACUCCAUUCCCAGCUCCAACCCCUAAAAUCCCAACUCUGACCCACCUGAUGAAGGAGCGGCGCUCCGAAAGCUAGUAUGCUUCCAAUUGGUGUUGUGUGAUUUUUAACUCUGACCCAGGUCUUAUGUGAACCUAGUAGCAUCCGGCAGCAUUCAUAUGAGAACUUGCAAGAGACCAGGAGUAUCUCACUGGGGAGACAUACAAAGACUUGCUCUCCUAGAGGAAAACAUUUUAAAAAAUGCUUGGAAAUGAAUGCCCUGGGCGUACUGAAGCGCUAUUUUGAAGCAUAAAAAAGGAGUCCUACUGGUUUUACAGCUUUUUCCCUUCUGGGCGUGACAGGGUUGGAGGAGCUCACUGAUUGGUCUUGAUAAGAGGACGAGAACUGUUACGUCGAAUUGAAUACCCUCAACUCUGCAAUGUCACUGGUGGGAAAAGUUGCCUUAAUAACUGGAGCAGCUCAAGGACUUGGCAAAGCUUUUGCUGAAAUACUGCUGAAAAAUGGUGCCAAGGUCAGCCUUUUAGAUAUUAGCACUGCAGUUGGCCUUAAAACGAAGACUACGUUCGAUGAAGUCUAUGGAGCUCAGCAAACAAUGUUCAUUACUUGUGAUGUGACAUCUGGCAACCAAUUGAAAGAUGCAUUCAAGAAAACUAUUGAAAACUUUCUACGGUUGGAUAUUGUUUGCAACAACGCUGGAAUAGCUGAUGAAACAAACUGGCAAAGGUGUUUAGAUUUAAACUUGGUCAGUGUGAUCAGAGGAACCUAUCUUGGACUAGACUGCAUGAAUAAAAAGAUUGGAGGUGCAGGAGGAGUAAUAAUCAAUGUUUCCUCCAUGGCAGGAAUCAAUCCAAUAAUUUUUGGACCAGUCUAUUCAGCUUCGAAGCAUGGAGUGGUGGGAUUCUCCAGGGCAGUGGCUGGAGCCUCUGCAGCAGAGAAUCUCGGAGUUCGGAUCAAUGUCCUCUGUCCAGCGUUCACCGAUACCCCAAUCCUGAAGAUUUUUUCAUCACCAGAAACACUGGGGCAGUUUGCCGGACUGGAGAAGUUUGCAAUACAGGCAGUGGCAGCAUUGGGCAUUAUAGACCCGUCAUUGGUCGCUGAGGGAUUCUUGCAAGUUGCUACUGACGAGACUAAGAAUGGUGAAGUUAUGACAGUGACGAAGCAAAAAGGAAUUGUCCACCUGAAAUACUCCAAGAGCCUCUUGUGACCCAGAAUGUCUGCAGCCUCCAUCCCAACACUCUGAGCAUGUGAUGCUGGAACCCCAAAACACAGAGUUCCAAUACAGAUUACACUGUUGCAAGAUUUUUAGUGAUUUACUAGGUGGAGAAUUAGAAAUUACAGCACAGAGAUGAGCCACUGGACAUCUCAGCAGACAUGUUUUUUAGAAGAUUGGCGGGUUGAGCUUCCAUUGUUGCCAGUUGAGGAGCCUCUGGUCUGCUAAGCAUAAUGUCAAAAAGCACUUUACGUGAGUGUUUUCAAACAAGAAUGGUAUCUGAGCCCCAUAAGGCAUUAUCGCUGUUUCAGAUUUCAGCAGCAUUGUCUCCAUUGUAUGCCUGUGUUCUGCUAUAUACAAACAUCAUUCACUUCUUUAUGCAGCUGCAUAUUGCUGAUGUGUUUGAUCUUUAUAUUUCAUUUCUCAAGAAUUUUGAUUUUGCCUCUCCCAUUUGUUAUGGCUCUUCAUAAACAUUUGCUCAUUUUAUUCAUUUCAUUUCCCUUUAUUCUUUCGUCUAUGGAAUUUGUUGGUCCUUCUGAAUUGCCCUUGAACUGGGCCAUUUCAAGGGGCAUUAAGAGUCAUCCAUAUUCUUGUGACUUGGUGUUACAAAUUGGCCAGAACAGGUAAAGUUGGCAGAUUUCCUUCUGUAAAGAAGCUCAUUAAUGAAUCAGACGGAAUUUUAUGACAAUCAAUCAUAGUUUCAUGGCACCAUUUGACUAGCUUUCUAUUUCAUCUUUUCUAAUUGGUUAUACAUUCUAGUUGUGCAUUAAUAAAGACCAUAAAUUUCAGUCAUUGGAUUCGUAGUCCACUGACAUUACCAUUACGUCACUGACUCCCUUUUCUGACUCUAGUUAUUGGCCGCAAAAAACUUGACUCUGUACAGCUGACAUUUUUAGCAGUACACCAUACAUUUUUUUACCAGCUUAUGAGAAAAAUAUGUAUCCAUGGUCCACCCAGAAUAUUACCUUACAAACACACAAAUUCGCAGCAGAGUUAGGUUAUUCAUUCCCCCUCCCAAAAUCCGUCAUUCACUAAGAUCAUAGCUGAUCUGUUUGUGUUUCGAAUUCCACAUUCUCAUCUACCCUUGAUCCUCCUGCCGAACAUGAAUCUGUAUACCUCCUCCUUAAAAAUAUUUGAUAAUCCCCCCUGUUUACCAUACCUUCUGAGCCAGAGAGCUCCAAAGUUGUACAGCCCUCAGAUAACAUGUAUCCUGACCUUUGUACUGAAGAGCAACUUUAGUUUGUAAAUUGCCCCCGAAGAGGUGUCCAGGACAAUAGGAGUCAGCUUUUCCACAUCCACCUUGUCAAGGCCAUCCAGUAUGUAAUAGAUAUUUAAAUCAUUUGUUCAAAUGUGUUAUGACACAACUCUGGAGCAGGUAGGACUUGAACUCAAGCCUUCUGAUCCAGAGAUAGGAACAUUAUCACUGGACCACAAGUAUCAUAGAACAGAAUCAUGCUGUGCAGAAAAGGGUCUUCGGCCCAUUAAGUCUGCACCAACAUGUGAUAAACACCUGACCUUCAACCUAAUCCCACUUGGUCCAUAGCCUUGAAUGUUAUGAUGUGCCAAGUACUCACCCAGAUAUGUUUCAAAGGAUGUGAAACAACCAUGCAGUGCAUUCCAAACUGUUAAUGCCACCUUUUCCUCGUAUCUCCUCAACCUUCUAUUCUUCAUCUUGAACCUGUGUCCCUUCGUAAGGGAAAGUGAGGACUCCAAAUGC